AUGGACAACUCCACCCCGCAACCGAACCCAAACUCAACCCCAAAUCCAAUCGCAGACCCAACCCCAAACACAACAGACGACCAACGACAAAAAGAAGCGCUGGCAGCCUUUACCGCAACCCUGCACUCGGUUGGGACGAACCUUGAAGCGCCACUCCGCGACCGCGCAGCAAACAUCCAAUCCAAUGCGGUGGCGCUAGAAAGGCAAGAAGCCGAGCUAGCAGAGAAUACGCAGCGACUUGCGCGGCAAAAUCAGCAGUGGGUGGGAUUCGCGGAUGAGACGCGUGAGGGAUUAAAGGAGAUUGGGGAUGUGCAGAAUUGGGCUGAGAUGAUUGAGCGGGAUUUGCUGGCCUUAGAGGAUAUGAUGGAUAAUGUUGAAAAAGGCCAUGGGGAACAUGGGAGUGAGGAUGACCGUGAUAUGGAACUGAAUGGGGAUAUUGAGAAUGGAAACGCAAAUGGUCAUGUUGAUAUAGAUGCCAAUGGGAAGAAAGUGGAUCAGCCGGCGAAAGGGUGGUUGCGAUGGUGGUGA